AUGCGGCUCCGCCCGUACUCGGACUGUCGGUCCCGUCAGGCACCGCGCGGGGUCAUCCCGAGGUCGGUGGGGUUUGCAACGCGGCGUCGGCGGUUUAGUCUCCUAGGUCUGAGCAGGUGCAGGGUUCCAGGGCAGGAUGUACACGCUGCUUUCGGGGCUGUACAAGUACAUGUUCCAGAAGGAUGAAUACUGCAUCCUGAUCCUGGGCCUGGACAAUGCUGGGAAGACAACCUUCUUGGAACAAUCAAAAACACGGUUUAACAAGAACUACAAGGGGAUGAGUCUAUCCAAAAUCACUACUACCGUGGGUCUAAACAUUGGCACUGUGGACGUGGGGAAGGCUCGUCUCAUGUUCUGGGACUUAGGUGGGCAAGAAGAGCUACAGUCUUUGUGGGACAAGUACUAUGCAGAGUGCCAUGGCGUCAUCUAUGUCAUUGACUCCACGGAUGAGGAGAGACUGUCAGAAUCCAAAGAGGCAUUUGAGUCUGCAGUCACAAACAGGACACAGGGUGCAAGGCACCACCUCUCCUGCUUUCCUCAGAGAAGGUGGUUUCGAGUGAAGCACUGGACGGUGUCCCCAUCCUGGUGUUGGCCAACAAGCAGGAUGUGGAGACCUGCCUCUCCAUUCCUGACAUCAAGACUGCAUUCAGUGACUGUACCUGCAAGAUUGGCCGGCGAGACUGUCUGACCCAGGCCUGCUCUGCUCUCACAGGAAAAGGAGUUCGAGAGGGCAUCGAAUGGAUGGUGAAGUGUGUCGUUCGGAAUGUUCACCGGCCACCACGGCAGAGGGACAUCACAUAAGCACUGCCAACUUCAAAGUCUUGGAACUGUUCAUCCCCUGGUGUUGGAAGAGUGCUCCCUGCUGGCUCUGUGCCACUGAUGCUGGGGUUGAGCUGGCUUUGUUUGUUCAUUCUUUUAUUUGCUUUAUGUUUUCUCUAAGACAAACUUUUCUGUGUCUGGAAAAGUGUAGGUAUCCAGAGACAAACGUGGGGCAUGCAGGCCAUCCAGCUCUUUAUGCCCUACCCCUUAUUCCGCCCUGUCCCAGAUCUGGGACCCUCUCAAACUAGUGAGGAGGGGGAGGGGUAAGACCACCCCUAGGCUUGCCUGUUAGCCCAUUCUAAAGUGGAACUUGAGGGCAUCCUACUUGAAAUGGGGGUCUAUCUGUGCCAGCUGCUUGUCCAGCUUGCCCAUGGAGGUGGGAAAGGUCAGGACUAAUCUCGCUUGGAGAAAGACGUAGCCCACAUCCCAGAGGCCAGCAUGGUCCCUAGUUGUUUUGAGUUGGGUGUGUGUGAGACGGGAUUUCUCUGUAACCCAUGUUAACCUUCGCCUCCUUCCCUGUACCUGUGGGAAUUAUAGGUGUGGGGCAUUACAAUCAGCUUUCCACUAGGUUUUGACCUAAUCUCAGGACAGGGUUCAGUAGACCUGCCUGGGAAGUCUGACUUCUCUUACUAACCUAUUCUCACUCUGCUUUUAUCUCCAAAGGAGAAAGCUGAUAUAGAAAUGCUUGGAGGUCAAAUCUUGCUGAAUAUACAUUUCAGUACACCCACACUCAGGUUAUGUGGUAUCCUGAGGUCACAGCUUUCACCAGGUUAUUAGGUGUUGCUGUAGCUACUGCAGGUGUGCUGGGUCCCUACAGGGUCCAGGUCAGUGAAAUGCUGGGUUUGCAUCUCUAGAUGGGUGUGAGGUGUGGGUUCCUGGGGGCCAUGCCCACUAGACCCACUGGGUUAAAUUCUUUCUCAUGUGGCCAGGAUAAGGUUGUAAAAUAAAGACAGCCUAAGUGGU